CUCAUGGGCCGCAAGGGCACACGGCCGCCCAAGAAGGCGGAGCCAAUCAAGUCCGCCGUCCCGAAGGCCGCCGCACCACAACUGCCUGACAGCGGCAGCAGCCAGCUCCAGUGCCUCACGCAGCAGGAGGCGCUCACAAAGCUGGACCGAGUGAGUGUGUUCAACAUCGUCGUCGAGAAGCCGGGCGGGCGCGACGUAUUUGUCCCUCAGGGCGGCACGCUAGACUUCUUUGCGGACGCGGACGACGCGCGCGCGGCGCUGGCUGCUGCCAGGGAGGCGAACCCGACGCUGCCUCUCGAGCUCGAGGCUGCUCCACUCGGGAGGGCCUUCUCCAUCGUGCAAGGCCUGUUCGGGAUCCGGGCGCCGAUGCGAUCUGCGCUGCACUUUAGCAAGGCGGUUGUUGAUGACGUCGGCUACGCGGGCGUGCCGGAGGCGGCUCGCGAGAAGAUGGCCUCGGCAGGGCCAUGGCCGCUCUUCACGGCGGACGCGCUCCGUUCGCCGGGCGCCAUCCCCAUCUUCCUCUCGCGCGAGGAGCUCAACGCGUGCUGGGCCAAGAGCGGCCGGUCGCUCGAUUCGCUGCCGCCACUCGAGGAGUGUGCGACUGACCUUCGCAUUCUCAUCGCCUCCACGCUUUCUGUGGCCGACAACUGGCAGCCGCUGCUCUUCCUGCCGCCAAAGAGCACCACGCUCCUCGAGAAGGAGCUCGCCCAAAAGCGGGAGCGGCAGGAGCAGGUCAUGCUCAACAUGCAGCGGGCGAAGGCGAUCGUCGACGCCGAGGACGCGUCGGCGCAGGUGCACCUCAAGGUGCAUGCUGACGAUGAGCCACCCGCGCUCCGAUGACCUGACCUGCCCCAUAGUUGUGGGCGGUGCCCGUCACAAGAGCGCGCUGACCGUGUCAGGCUGCACUUGAGAACAUGAGUCGUGUGCACUAGUCGAGAGACACCUCUCGCGCGCACUUGCCACUUGCGGUUGCGCAUGCCUUUGCAUUGUGGCCGAUAUAUGCACAUAAGGUAUCGUGAUUCAUGAGUCUUUGAACGAUGAAA